AUCGAAAUAUGACAAAGAAAGAUAUUUUUUAUAUUUUAACUAAACAUUGAAAAUUUAAGUUUCUUAGAGAUAAAUAAGAAAUAAUGGAAUUGCAGAUAAAGUAAACGUGUAAUUUAAUAACAACUUUAUUAAGAAAGCAAUAGAUAAAUUCUAUAGAAAAGAUAAAUAUGUCAAAUACAAAUUUAAGGUGUAUGUAAAAGGCAAUACGAAAACGGGAUUUAAACUGGGAACUCACGGAUGGUCACGUGAGCAUGUGUGUUAUAAUGGCCGACUUCGCGAUUCACUUAUCAAUUUUCUAACUUCACAAUUGUUAUGUGUGGCAUUUGUUUGCGCUGAAGUUUGUUUCUAGUGAAUUUGUUAUUGCCGUGGCUAAUUUGCAGUGUUGUGAUUUGCUUCGGAAAAAAAGAAUUCGUUUCACAUGAGUGUGUCAUUUUGGUGAAAAAUUGGCAAAUUGUUCACAAACAAGAUGAGAUUUUUACGGAUUAAUUUUGACGAUAGCGAACAUUUUUUCCAACGUCUCUUGCUAGGUUAGGUUACCUGGAAUAAGAAGCUUUUGCAACAGCGCGAAGCGGUUUGAAUUUAACUUCGAGUUGACAAAGUAAACUAUGGGCUCAUUAAAUCUUGUAUGCCCGAUGUGUUGUGGCGAAACUUUCAACAACCCUCAAUCCUUAAAGUACCAUUUAUUAAGUAUAACAGACAAUCUUUAUUGUCCUGGCUGUUCGCAACGUUCUGAUUCUGUGACGGCACUCAUUCAACAUUUAGACAAAUGUCAACAAGGUUUGCAGCGCAAGAUAAAACCUGAAGUCAUAAUGGACACAGCUCGAAAAGUUUGCAAGGAGUCAGAAAAUAGAGCAAAUAUUUUAGCGGUUAGUACAGAUAAGAGCAAGGAUGUUAAGGUACAACAGAUGAAUCGAAGCUUUCUAGCAACUGUAAAUGACACUGGAAUUGUUAUAGUUGGUGAUCCGCAGACAAUACAAGUAGAUGAGAAUGGAGAAAUUAAAGUUAUAGAAAAGCUGGACUUGGAUGAAACGCAACCAGAUCAAAAUUCUCUGGAUUUCAAAAUGUCUGAAAGUUUUUGUGAUAUUAGUGGCGGAAAGCAAAGAAAACCACAAUUAUCUCAAGGAUUAGUGGCUAUACCUGUAUCGAGUUGUGUUGCAGAAUGCAAAGAGACAUCACUAGAUAAGAGUAUGGUUGCUGUGUUAUCAGAAAAUUCCAAACUCUUGGAUAGUGACGUUACAACCUUCAUUGAUGUAGAUCGCAUAAACGACGUAGGGGAAUUUGAUGAAGCUGGUCUUUUGCGUGUCAAACAGGAACUGUGCGGGAUGGAGUCAGAUGCUGUAUACAGCUGUACCAGCUGUGACACGAGUUUUAAUUCUGUCUUGGAGCAUAUUAAGCAAUUUCACGACGGCCAAGAAGUCCUACUAGAAAUGGCGGAGCAAUUUGAUGACCUGACGAAGACAGUACCUGUAAGUUCAAUAUCUACAGUACCUGAAAGCUCGGGAAAUAUGGUUAAUACACGGCAAAGACAAACUAUGAAUACGCUGCGCACGGAGGAGUGCAUCGACAGCGAAGGUAGGCUCUAUACAAGGAAAGUAGUACAGAUUGAGAGAUUUUGGGACCAGAUGCCAAUUCAAGUCGCGACAUCACAAUCAGCGAAGGCUCCGAUGAUUGAGAAAUUCUUCUCAAAUGUGGAGGGCAUUAAGGUACGGGAAAAACGCCUGGCGGCUGCACCAUUGCGAAUGUACAAGUGUAAUCAAUGCUCGCAACAGUUCUCGAAAUUAGGAAACUUUCGAGUGCACGCCUGUUUACAUGGUAACAAUCGCUGCGAAUAUUGCGAUCAAAGCUUCGCGACUCCUAAGGCCUUACAGCUUCAUACGAAAGUACAUGAAAAUAAGGCCGAUCCUAGCCAAAAAACGUUUAUUUGUACAGCGUGUGGCACAGAGUUCUGUUCUCAUAAAAGCUUGCGAUUACAUUCGAGAAUGCACGCUCCUGUGAGGGCUAGGCACGUCGAUGCACCCGAAGGAACUCCUUCAGCAACUUUUACUUGCCCCGAAUGCGGUAAAAUUUUUUCUGAAUCUUACAAAAAUGCACACAUGGCGCUGCACACGGGCGAUUCGGUAACGUGCGCUGUCUGUAACAGAAAAUUUGAUUCCUCGGACAGUUUAGCGAUGCAUGCAGCGGUGCACACUGAGCUGGUGCCUCCGCAGUCACCCACUUCAUCCGUCUUGAUUUCAGUCUCAACUGCUGGAGAAACAGCAGCAGUGACAACGACGACGUUAGUAACCACAACUACGACUACAGUUACAACAAUAACAACAACAACAACAACAACGAGAGCAAUAGCAACAACGACGGCGACGUCGACUUUGACUACGACGGCUACGGUGACGGUAGAAGCUAGCGAAAGUCAAAAACCUUAUCAAUGUCAGCAUUGUGGUCGUAGAUUUACUAGACCUCACGAAAAAGUUAAGCAUGAACGAAUUCACACCGGAGAGAAGCCACACGCUUGUGAGGUUUGUGGCAAGACCUUUCGCGUAUCUUACUGUCUGACCUUACACAUGCGUACACACACGGGUGUGCGACCCUAUACUUGUCAACACUGUGGGAAACGUUUUAAGGCCUCUUCCGUCUACAAUCAUCAUAUGUUGACGCACGGCGAUGCGCGUGCCUACACUUGCCCGUACUGCCCGAAGACGUUCAAGACGCGAGUGCAACUUGCUGGCCACAAAAAUAGUCACACAAAACCGUUUCGGUGCACCGAGUGCUCGCGACCAUUCGCAUCGCUCUAUGCUGCUCGAUCACAUAUUCAGACGCACAAGAAAGACAACAAUCUCAAAUAUAGCUGUUACAUAUGUGGUGCAUCGUAUGGUCGAGCAUUCGCCCUUAAGGAUCACCUGAAGCAACACGGUCAAAACGUUCUAGCGCCGCCGGAGCCAGCGCGCGAGGAAGAAGUGCACGAGGGUUUCUUGCUCGGUGAGGAAGUAUCUGAUAGUGACAAACGCGUACAUGCUCGCCUUGGAGUCCCGUCAUCUACACUUCCUGUUGAGCCUACUUCUAUGGACGAUGUGGAUACCGAUUGAAAUGGAUUCUAGUCGAAUUAUAGCGCCUGAUUUUUCGUAUAGAUCGAAAAAUCCGCGCGAAUUUUCAGACACUGUGAUCACGCGGAUAUUGGCCUUAUAUCAAACCUUUGACAGAGGUCUGCGAGAAUCGUUAUAUGUCUGCGCUAUUAUACACAUCAUUUAGCAAAUUUUCUACCAAAAUUCGCAAAUAAUUGCUUAUACGUAAUCAUUGUUAAUUCGUUCAUAAAGUUGAAUCGUUCAUAUUUCUUGAGUAGUGUUUGCCAGAUGGCUAUUUUUCGGCUAUGAAUAUGCUGAUUUGAUUUAAAGUUGUAAAAGUUCAUCGCCAAAAAUGUCGAAUCUACGAAUCUUGUAAAUGUUAUAUUAUUUUAAUUAAUAUUGGACAUAAUUAUGCAAUGUGCGAUCAAGUUUAAAAGCUAAUUUUUGAAGUAUAACUUUAAAAAACGUGAGAAGUAAAAUAUUUAGAUAUUAAUCCUGUGACAGUUUUCUUCAGAUAAUAAUAUAUACUAGUUACACGUUGUUUAACUAUUAAUAAUAUACACUGAUUACGUUCCUCUCUCUCCCGCAGUAAAGACAACUUAAUCACCGCUUUGCGCUGCGCUAUCAGCAGCUGUGAAACUGUUAUAAGAUUUUUUGCUAAACGACAUCGAGGGUUUACGCUUCUCCAAAAUGUUUACUAAGACGACUGCUUAAUAAACAUGUCGGAAAAGUAUAAACUAUCGAUGUCGUUCAGUAAAAAAUUGCAAAGCUGACAACGUAGCACAAAGCGCUAAUUAACUGUUCUUUUUGCUGAACGUGACCAUUUUAAAGCAUAUUUUAAAAUAUAAUAAAAAGUAACAAAUUGCACAUGGUUUCAUAUUGCAUAAGAUCUAUGUCCAAUUAAAAUAUUGUCCAAUUCGCGACUUACACAGUAAAGUCUGUGACAAUUGAUACAGUUUAAAUUUCAAACUGAACUCUAAAUAUGUGUGUGUGUGCGUAUAUGUGCGUAUAUGUACGCUUUUUCCACAUUACAUAUAAUGGAUAUAUUAUUUAUGUAUGUUUUUUCCAUAUAGUAUACACAUAUAUAUUUAUAUGUCA